AUGAGUCCUGUUCCCGAGUCCAGCCUGAACAAUGGCAUUCAUGCGCUGGUGUCAAGAGAAGUCAAUAAGCCCACGGAUCCGAAUGGAUUGGUCCUCGAGGCGUGGGCUGAGGGUUUCAUGGUCGGCGCGCUCAUUAUCAUGAGCUGUAUUACUCUUGCGAACAUGCGACGUGGAGUGCUCUUGCACAAGCUCAUUUUACUUGAGUUGGUCAUGGGCUACUGGCAAGGCUUCUUCAUCCUGUUCAAUCAGCCCAUAUAUGGUUGGUGGCUCUCAGUCGCCGCAAUACCCUUGAAUGCGAGCUGGUGUCUGCACAACAUCAUUUCGUGGAUGAAGCUGAAGCCAUUUCUUUCGAGGAAUGUCAGCAGGAUAUUCAUCGGCACCAUCAUAUUGUCCUUUCCCUACUGGAUCGUGGAGAUAUAUGCCAACUUCACCUAUUUCCACAAUGUCAACACAGUCUUCUUGAAGACCAGACCAUAUGAAGCGCUGUGCAGGGAUCCGUGGUGGAUUGCGGCAGCUGUUCUGUUGAUGUACAACAUCAAGAGCAAGUACGACUUGACCAUUGUACAAAUUGUCCGGAUAUCUCCUCGAUUUGCAGUCAUGCUCGGAGCCAUGCUGCUCUCUAUCAUUUUCAUUGUGCUGGACAUCUUGUCGGUCACGAACGUGCUAUCCAAUGCCCUCCCAGUCGGCAUCAAUCCGUUCUGGAAACUGUCAUUUGUGUUCAAAUGUCUGACCGACUCCGUCGUCUUGGACGACUUCAAGACCGCACUGGACCGACUUCGAGCGUUCAAGCUCAGUCGGAUGGGCAGCUUCACUGGCGACCAUGAAGAUAGUAGGAUGAAAGCCCACCGCGAGCGCGUCGUCAACGCGAACAACUGGGCAGAGCCUCCACCACAAGGAAAUGGAAUUCCGAUCUCCGACCUCCCUCGUAUGCCAGAUGCCGACCACGACGAUUACAUCAAGCCAACUUGGGAACAUGCGAGGCAAAUGGAGGAAAGCAAUGGCCCAGAUCAAUACGCCAAUAUCGCUCGGAAUGCAUCCCGUGACCGAGACCUGGAAGAGAAUGCCAUUGAUGCGUUAGACCAUGUCGAUCACGGACCUCGAAGACUAGCGAGUGAAGCUCCUAUCAUCAACAACCGGGACAGCUGGCCGCCUGCUAGGUCUCACGAUGGGUCUUCCGAGCUCGAUUUGGAGUAUGCCAUGGCAGUUCGAGAAGUCACAAAUAUGAGCAACAACAAAGUCGGCAUUGCCAGGUAA